UUUGAUCUUAAUAUGUGUUGGUAUAAUCUAUUUAAUCCCGAAUAAUCGUAAAAGCUUACGAUUCAUUCAAGCGGCAAAUGCACUACUAGGUCCAAAAACGAAACCAAUUAUUGGGAAUGCCCACUAUUUCCUGCAGAAAAAUUUUGACGGUAAUAUUGUCGUUUAUAUAUUUGUCAACAUUAUUAAUGGAUAAUAAAAAUUUGGAAAGAUAAAAGUAAAAUUUAAUAAAAUUAUAGUAGGGUUUAAAUUGACAAUCAAAUUAUUAGGCAAAUUCAAUUUCCUGUCAAAUCAUUAAAGUAUGAUCUUUUAGAAAAAAGUAAUUAAAGAUUUCGCAAAAAAGUAAACCAAUAUUAUUUCAGAAUAAAAUAUUUUGACGUUUAUUCGUUGAAAAAUAUAAUAUCAUUAAAUGUAGACAAUUGCUUAACAGUAAUAUGUUUCUGAAGUAUAAAAAAUUUCAGAACUGUUGGAUAGUUUAUGUUUGCUGAUCGAUACUUACCCGUCUCCAUUUCGAUUUUGGUUGGGCAGUAAAUUAAUUAUAUAUAUAACCGAACCGGACCAAAUAAAAGUAAGAAUGCAAUGCUUGUAUUACUUAUUUGUUAAUUUAUUUAUAUAUAAAGAGAAAAAAGCAGUUGAUUCGAAAAAAUCGGCGAUCACCCGCUUUCAAAAAAAUAUAAUCUUUUUUGGAAAAAUUAUGCGUUAGUGCAAGAAUAAGUUACGUUGAUAUUACUAAUCAAAUCGCCAUCAUUGAGUCAAUAGAUAACUCGUUGCAGCAACGAUAUAAUUUACUUAGUUUACUAAAUGUUUGCUUGAAUGAAUUUUGUUCGUUCAAGCAAGGACUUAUUAAAUACAACCACUUCUUUUUCUAAGUGUAUGAAUGAGUUACAAAUAAUCAUACAUUAGUGUAGUUUUCUAUUUUGGUAACAAAUUAUUUUUUAUAGCAAAUUAUCAUCAUUUUUAGCAACAAACUUUCAACCUUCUUUAAUUAUACAUUAUAUAAAGAAAUCGCUUUCUUUAUAUGAAUAUCAUAAUGAUAAUAAUGAAACGAACGUAUUAUUGAAUCAGUUUUAUAUUGCAGACUAUUCUUCAAAAUCCUAGCUGCUUGAAUAAAAGCACAACAUACAAAGUUUUCAAAGCGGGUAUAGGAAAUGGGCUUGUUACUGCUCCUGAACAUAUAUGGAUCAGAAAAUCGAAAAAUGUUAGCGCCAAGCUUUAAUACGAAUAUAUUACGAACAUUCUGCGACAUAUUUAUGAAUCGAUCUUUGAUAUUUACGGAGGAAUUAGAACACAUGAUAAAUGGCGAAGUAGAUCUAUUUCAGCAUAUGUUAAAGUGUACUUUGGACAGCAUUUCCGGCACUUCAUUGGAUACCGAUUUGCAAUUAAAAAAAAAUGAGCAGUAUCUUAAUGCAAUAGUAAGAGUGAAACAAAUAAUAACACGCAGACUACAAAAUAUGUUUUUACUUCCCGAUUUUAUAUUUAACCUUACAUACCUCAGUCGCGAACAACAGAAGAAUUUAAAUUUUAUAUAUUCAGUUGCGGAUGAGGUAAUACAACAAAACGCGAUGGAUAAUUUAGUUGAGAAUAAAAUCCAAUCCGCUAAGCCUUAUAAGUCGUCAACAUCCCUUUUAGAUGCUUUUACAUGAUAUUCAUGCAGUUCGUGUUAUAAUAUGUGAAAAAGGUGUGUGAAAAUUGCCCGAAAAAAUAAUAUAUAUUAUAUUUUAAAAUAUAUAGACAUACAAAGGAAUAUAUUUAAUUCAAUUAUCUUGAAGUUAGCCAUACUAUAAAGGUGUCGCAAAAUAUCGAAAGACUGUUCAAUGCAGAAGAGCUUAUUUUCGACAAUCUUCGAGGAAAAAUGUCGAAAAAAAAUUUCGAAUAAACUUUCCCGGUAAGCAAAAAAUUAUUAAUACAACGUUACUACAAUGAUAUUCAAGAAUUUAUAAUAUUAUCAAAUAUGUAGAGUUUAAUAUUGUAUCUAACAUCAUUAUAAACAUACUUUGACCGCAAUUUGGAAGUUUCAAUAAUAUGUUGAAAUAGGGUUGCCAUAAUGUUUUAAUCGUCAGAAUUACUUUUAAGAUGUUGCAUUGAUCUCAAAUAAAGGUUAAAAUAACAUUUAAAAAAUAUAUUUUUUGUAAUGCUUUUGAAACGUUUAAAUAAUAUUCAGGAAAAUUAUAUCAUAAAAUAACAUGCGAAAAAUAUAAAUG